AUGUUGAUUCCACUUGCACUUGUUGAUGAUGUUGCUAUCUUGGAUUUAGGUCAACAACAUCCUCGUACCCACGGCAACAUGUUACACCCUGUGUAUGUUCUCUUUGAUUCUCGUACCAUGUCUCACUACCACCACCCAACAACACCACCACCACCACCUUGGUCUGUCAACAUGUACAACAAUGUCCCAAGAAGAUUAAUGUCUCACAACCACAACAACGUUCCAACAAGAUUAUUGUCUCACAACGGUAACAACGUUCCAACAAGAUUAUUGUUUCACAACCGCAACAACUUUUCAUCAAGAUUCACUUCAUCAAAUGUGUCUGUGGUAGAUGAAACUCUUGUCUAUGAUUCUACUAUCACCAACAACAUUCCAAGAACACGCUCAUUUAAUCUCCACCACAACAACAAUGGUACUAGAGCUUCUUCUUCCCCUGUGAUCGGUGUUCAAGAACAUGUUACAACAUCAACAACAGAUGCAGAAUCCAUCUGUUGCAUUUGUCUUGUUCACUUGUCUAAUGCUUCUUCCACGCCAAUUCGGUUGCGCUGCUCUCAUAUAUUUCACACUGAGUGUAUUCAGAAAUGGGUUAAUAUCAGACAAACGUGUCCACUCUGUCGGGCCGAUGUUUAG